UCAUUAGUGCAGCAUUAUAUUAUUAAUUCCUCAGCGGGUCACACUCAGGGUAUUAACGUUAGUGUUUCCAGAUUCAGCUCUCUCAGUGUGUUUUUAUCCUCUUCGGUAGUUUGUGAAGCAUGGAGUACGCGAAAACAUUAGUCCCUACAUCUUUAAUGAGGUCUGUGUCGUCAGUUCAGACGUCUCUGGCUCAGCGAAUGUUGUCCCCUCCUCAGCCGCGGCCGUAUAAAGUCUGCACACCGAACCGGCGGCGGAGGAAAGGCUUCACGGCCACCUCUCUGGCAGAUCUCAUGGAGCAGGUGGCCAGUUCUUUCCUGAUAGCCUGUCAGAUGCUCACGCUGGUGCUGGAGGAUGAUGGGACGGUGGUGGAGUCUGAGGCCUUCUUUCAGUCUCUGCCCACUAAUACUCCAUUCAUGGUCCUGGAGAAAGGAGACAUCUGGACACCCAGCAAACUGGUUCUGCCAAGUUUCAGACAGCCGAGAAGAAGUGGGAUUGCCAAACUGAGCUUUGACCUGUACAAGCUGAACCCGAAGGAUUUUCUGGGCUGCCUCACCGUUAAAGCCACUCUUUAUGAAAUAUACACACUCUCAUAUGACAUCAAGUGCACCAGAGCCAAGUACUUUCUGAUGUCUUUAUUGCGAUGUUUCAUGUACAUGGCCAAACUGACGGGUCAGAUUCUCCUGUGCGCCUCCACAUAUGUGUUACGGUAUAUCGGAGAAGAGGACUGCUCAAGCUAAACGCCAUAUCAGCUGAUGACAGAUUACAGAUAUUGAACAAAAACAACAACUUCUGCACUCAUGUUUAGUUAUUGCCAACAUGUUUAGACAGCAAUACAUAUAUUGCGUCAUUGAUUGUAUAUGUAAUGGCAUACCUGCUUAUUUCUGGUAACAUUUAAUGUUGUG